AUGCCUCCUCCUCCUCCACCUCCGCCGCCGCCGCCCCCUGGCGGGGGUGCGCCUCCCCCUCCCCCUCCAGCUGGAAAUUUACCCGCGAGACCACCAGGUGGUGGAAAGGAUAGGGGCGCCCUACUCUCAGAUAUCUCAAAAGGCGCGAGACUGAAAAAGGCCGUUACAAAUGAUAGGUCAGCGCCGCAGGUAGGCGGAGGCGUCAAAUCAUCUGGUGGUCCUCCGCUGGGCUCCGCGCCUCCUGUUCCUGGAAUGUCAAAGCCCCCAAGUGGACUUGCUCCUCCAGUACCCCCUGGGCAGGGCGCGAAUCGGUUAAGGAGUAACAGCGACACGGGACCUGGAAGUGAUAACAGUCCUGCUGCUGCCCCGGCUGCCCCCCAAUUGGCCGGACUUUUUGCCGGAGGCAUGCCCAAGCUUCGCAGUCGAGGAGGUGUUGAUACUGGCGCCAACAAGGAAGCUUCCCCAUACCUAUCAGAUUCGGAAACCUCACGACCGCCCAAGCCGCCUAUUGGAUCGGCUCCAAAGCUCCCCGCAACGCGACCUCCGCCCCCGCCUUCUACAGAUGCACCCCCAGCUCCGCCUGUCAAUCCGUUGGUUGCGAACCUCAGGAAAGCCCCUCCACGGCCAGCCUCAAGGCCAUCUUCAGUCGUAUCGAACUUCUCGACAAAAUCAGCGCCACCAUUACCAAGUUCAUCGAAACCACCAGUAUCGUUGCGGAAGCCCUCGGCCCCUGCUCCUCCACCACCUCCUUCCGCCAGUCCAUCCGCACCCCCUCCCCCGCCUCCUGCAGCGGCUGCACCUCGUCCACCCCCACCACCCCCUUCAUCAGCCCCUGCUCCGCCGCCAGUUCCCCCGAACGGCGCCCCCUCGGCAUCGCUGGCAGUUCAAGCUGCCCGGAAUGCCCUCGGCCAUCAAACUCCGUCAGCUCCUCCACCUCCUCCCGUAUCAGCUCCCUCGGCGCCACCUCCACCUCCUCCGCCUUCUGCACCUCCUACCGCGCCCCCGUUCAUUCCUCCUUCCGCACCGCCAAGCGAACCAGCAUCGCGGCCGUACUCCUAUGAAUCUAGCAAUAUACCAGACCGUUCUAGUCUAGCAGCUAGUGCUUACACGCUCUCCAACGGCGGCCCAUCGCCGGGGUCAAGCGCCACAAGCCUAGGUGCACAUGGGAUGACCCGGGUUGAAGAUAGCCGAUUCAAAUUCCAAAACGAGGGACUACUGCCCAAGCCACGCCCAUUUGUCGGUGGAAUGAAGCGUUACCGCGCCGGAAGAGGAAGUAGUGUACCGUUGGAUCUCAGCGCAUUAGGUGGCUAG